AUGGGCACCAAGCUGCCCGACAGGACCGUCCAGUUCCUCCAGGUGGAAAUUCCAAUUUUUUGGGGUUUUUCCCACUCCCGCCGGGACACGCUGCGCUACAUUGGCACCAAGCUGCCCGACAGGAGCGUCCAGUUCCUCCAGGAAUUUUUUGGGAUUUUCCAAGUGGGAUAUUUGGAAUUUUUGGGGGAUUUUUUGGAAGCAUUUUUAGGUGGAAAUUCCAAUUUUUUGGGUUUUUUUUUCCACUCCCACCGGGACACGCUGCGCUACAUCGGCACCAAGCUGCCCGACAGGACCGUCCAGUUCCUCCAGGAGUACAUCGUGAACCGGAACCGGAAGAUCGAGCGGCGCCGCCAGGAGCUGACGGAGAAGGAGGGCAGCAAAGCCCGCGCCGACCCCUUCAAGGGGAUCGGCCAGGAGCAUUUCUUCAAGCGCAUCGAGGCCGCGCACUGCCAGGCCUGCGACAUGCUGAUCCCGGCCCAGGGCCACCUGCUGCAGCGGCACCUGCGCUCCGCCGAGCACAACCGCAGCCGCAGGCUGGCAGCGGAGCAGUUCAAGAAGACGAGCCUGCACGUGGCCAAGAGCGUCCUGAACAACAAACACAUCGUGAGGAUGCUGGAGAAAUACCUGCAGGGUGAAGAUCCCUUCACGGAGGAGCCCCAGGAGGGCCCCAAAGCCGCGGAAACGCCGGAAAAAUCCCCGGAGAAAUCCCAAAUUCCCGAGGAUUGCCCCAAAUCCCAGGAAUUCCUGACGGCCCCCAGGCCCCUCCUGGUGCCCCCGUUCCUGGAGGAGCCCGAAAUUCCUGAAAAUCCCCAAAAUUCCCAGGAAAACCCCCCGGAAAAUCCAAAAAACCCCCCGGAAAAUCCCCCGGAAAAUCCCCAAAAUCCUCAGGAAAAUUCCCAAGAAAAUCCUGAAAAUUCCCAGGAAAAUCCUGAAAAUUCCCCGGAAAAUCCCCAAAAUUCCCCAGAAAAUCCCCAAAACCCUCAGGAAAAUCCCCCAGAAAAUUCCCAGGAAUUUGGGAUUUCCCCCCAAAACCAACCAGAAGAGGAAAAUCCGGAAAAAAAUCCGGGAAAAACUCCGGAAAAAAUUCCGGCAAAAGAGGAAAAAACCCCGGCCAAGGAGGAAGAGAAAAGCUCAGAGGAGCCCUGAGAAUUCCAGGAUGAAGAAACCACAAAAGAGGAAAAAAAAAAAAUCCCAAAUUUUCCCAUUCCUGAGGAAUUCCUGCUGAGAUUUUGGGCCAAAAAAACCCCAAAAAUGGGAAAAAAUAAAAAGUUCAAAAUUUGGAAAAAUC